GCAAAGCGCGUGGGGCGGGAAGGGCCGCUGUGUGCAGGCUUGGGCAGCGGCGGCGCCGAGCUGAGUGACAAUGAAGAGUGUGUUUCUUUUCCUUGCUGCUUUAAUCAUUUCGUGGGGCUUUUCUUUGGCUAAAUUUGAUGAGUUUGAAGAUGGUGAUGAUGCUGUGGAGUAUGAUGAUAAUGAUUUUGCUGAGUUUGAAGAUAUUGUUGAAGAUGUAGUCACAGAAUCUCCCCAGAGGGUCAUCACUACAGAAGACGAUGAGGAGGAGGCCACAGUAGAGCUUGAAGGUCAAGAUGAAAAUCAGGAGGACUUUGACGAUGCAGAUGCACAGGAGGGAGAUACUGAGAGUGAACCAUAUGAUGAUGAAGAGUUUGAAGGCUAUGAAGAGAAACCAGAUGCAUCUCCUAGCAAAAAUAAAGACCCCAUAACAAUAGUUGAUGUUCCUGCGCACCUUCAAAACAGUUGGGAGAGUUACUACAUGGAAAUCCUCAUGGUAACCGGUCUUCUUGCUUACAUCAUGAACUACAUCAUUGGGAAGAAUAAAAAUAACCGUCUGGCUCAGGCCUGGUUCAACACACACAGGGAGCUGCUGGAAAGCAACUUCGCCCUUGUGGGGGACGAUGGUACAAAUAAAGAAGCUACAAGCACAGGGAAGCUAAACCAAGAAAAUGAACACAUAUACAAUUUAUGGUGCUCUGGAAGGGUGUGCUGUGAAGGCAUGCUUAUCCAGCUAAAGUUUCUCAAAAGACAAGACCUACUGAAUGUACUUGCUCGCAUGAUGAGGCCAGCCUGUGACCAAGUGCAAAUAAAAGUGACAAUGAAUGAUGAAGACAUGGAUACUUAUGUGUUUGCUGUAGGAACAAGGAAAGCUUUGGUGCGGCUUCAGAAGGAGAUGCAGGACCUGAGUGAAUUUUGCAGUGACAAACCCAAGUCUGGGGCAAAGUAUGGGCUUCCUGAGUUGCUGGCUAUCCUGUCAGAGAUGGGAGAAGUCACCGAGGGAAUGAUGGACACAAAGAUGAUACAUUUCCUCUCACACUACGCUGACAAGAUUGAGUCCGUCCAUUUCUCAGACCAGUUCUCCGGUCCAAAACUUAUGCAAGAGGAGGGUCAGCCUUUAAAACUGCCCGACACUAAAAAGACACUGUUGUUUACAUUCAAUGUGCCUGGUUCAGGCAACACUUCCCCAAAGGAUAUGGAGGCUUUGCUGCCUCUGAUGAAUAUGGUUAUUUACUCUAUCGACAAAGCAAAAAAGUUCCGUCUAAACAGAGAAGGUAAACAGAAAGCUGAUAAGAACAGGGCCCGAGUAGAAGAGAAUUUCCUUAAAUUGACUCAUGUGCAAAGGCAGGAGGCUGCCCAGUCCCGCCGGGAGGAGAAGAAACGGGCCGAAAAGGAGCGAAUCAUGAACGAGGAGGAUCCAGAAAAGCAGCGUCGCCUGGAGGAAGCUGCCUUGCGGCGUGAGCAGAAGAAGCUUGAGAAGAAACAGAUGAAGAUGAAGCAAAUCAAAGUGAAAGCCAUGUGAAUCCAGUCUGGGGAACUUUAAUUCACAGCGUACAAGGAACUAGAUAACUUCAUAAUUUUCAAAAGCUACUAGCCAUUAAAAGAGAAAAAUCUUGCAUCAGCAUUAAUUAAAAAUCUGGGUAUCACAGCCACAUACAGAUGUAUAUAGAGGGUUUUCUGUCUGCAGUUUUCUGUCAGAUGGUUGAAUUGGUUUGCCACUUCUAUCUGUUUUAAAAAAUAAUAAUAAUAACUUGCAAUAUCCCUUGAACUUUUUGCGAUUGUUCUGGGUUUAGUUAAAAAAAACAAAACAAAACAAAAAAAGCAAAGAUUGUAAAACUAGUCAUUUGUGCCAGCGUAACAUAUCAGUGCUUUGAUUAUUAGACUUUGUUUCUAUUUAGAGGUGGGGGGCAGUUUUCUUUUAAGUUUAGGGUGAGGAAAACAUAGAUCCCCAUAUGACUAGUAAAUUGCACAGUAAACAUUGUUUAGUGUGUAUUUAUAUGCUUGCCUGCAUCAAGCUUACUUAAAAAGGUGCAAAACUUAGAGCCUAUAUAUGGUAUGAAUAUUUCAGGGAUAUAAACCAAGCAUAGUUUUAGAAAAAUCAUUUUUUGACAAACAAAAGGCACUGAAACAGUAUUUCAUAAUCUGUAGGCUUGAUUGGCAUAGACAAAAGCUGUACAUCCGUUAUGUAUCAGGGAAUGGCAUACAGGAGCACUGUUUCUUUCUUGUAGUUCUGAAUGCUGCAAGCUUAAUACAAUGUGAAUUCUGUACUUGUAAGUGUGUUUCUUAUGAAGUGAGUGCAUGGUGAGCUGACAGCUUCAUUUAGAUUUUCGUAAAUAUUUUAAACUUUACAAAGUCACUUCUUAAGUAUUUUCCUCCUGGUCUGAGCAGCUGCUGCCUAUUUAAUGUUCACCCAGAAGCUAGAUUCUCAGUGAAAUAUCUGUGCAAUUUCCCCUUCUACCAAGCCAGGAAAAACUCUAUAGAAGAUGAGCAUCUUUUUCAUCUGUUGAAAAGGCUGUUUACUUCUGUAUUUUCAGAUUGGUUGGGGGGAAUAGACACACCUGUGCAAGCACGUAGCUGUCUGUCGAAGCUUUUGCAUUUUAUAAAUGCUUCCUAUCUAGAAGGCAUUUUAUUGUUGCUUGUAAGGGACACUUUCUAGUUUUGUGAGGGGAUAAUCUUUGUCUUUUGCAUUUCUUGUUUAAUGCUUUAUGUGCAAAACUUGUUCUGAGGCAAUAACAAUGACUUGCUGUUGAAACAGCAUGUGCUAAAAGACUUUUUGUUGCAGCAUGAGACGCUUCUUCACACUAAUCUGAAUGCAGAAAUCUGUAAUAUGAUACAUGCAAAUAUAUUAAUUUUAUAAUAAUUGGUGAAAAAUAAUUUAAGCCAAAAAUUAACAUAAGAUUUAUGUGGAAUUUAACUAUUUUAGCAUUACUUAGCUUUGAAGAAUGAGAUUUAAUAUAGUAUUUCACAAAGUUCUUUUAAAGAAAAUACCAUUAAUUUGUGCUCUUUUCAAUAAAUGGAAAGCUUUCUUGAAGUCCCAUAAACUUUUGGGCCAUGGCAGCUAAUUUUGUAAUAUGAACAUUCAUAUGAACUACCUAUGGAGAGUAAAAUAUAACUGAAACAUUCCAACUGCCUUGA